AUGACAGAACAGGAGCAUCAUAGAGGCUUUGCAACGAAGCUAUCGCUGUUUCUCGCACUAUGCGCCGUAGCACUUCUAGCAGUCCAGAAUCAGUCGUUGAACACACAAGUUACCAAUCUACAAAAUCAAGUGAAUUUGAACCAAGAACAGCAAGAGCACUACAACGUAGAACCGGCUCCAACCGAGAAUGCAUUUGAGUUCCAUCCACCACCAUCCAAUGUUCGUGGGCGACAGCGCAAUCUAUCAGGUCGAAAUGCAGUGUCGAAAGAUGAACCUAUUCAAGAAUCGAAACUGAAGGAGAAGCUGAAUAUCAUUCAAAAGGAUCAACUCGCCAGAGGUGGGCGUAAGCUUUCCAGCAAAAAAUCGGGAUCUAGCAGUGGUAAAGGUGGAUCCAAGUCAUCCAAGAGAUGUGGAAGUAGCAAUACCAAUGAUAGUGCCACGACUACUCAGAGUGGGGAUGGAAAUGUUCAAACCGCUAGGUGUGAAGAUUUGAGACAAGUCGUCUUUGACUUGACUACUGAGAUCAAGAGUUUGGAGGGACAAACCUUGCGAUACAAUGCUCUUGCUGAUGAGUUGAGACAGACUGCCAUUGUAGCUGGAGGAAACCCGAAGGUGAAGAGACGCGAGCUCCAAGACGUGCAAUACAAAGGCGAGCUCAAUGACAAUCUCCGUAUCCUGAAGAGACAAGAAGACCUAAUUCGAAGUGGAAAUGAACGCGUUACUGAGUUGAAUGUCGUUCUUCGAGAAUCUGCUUUGAACUUGCUUGGCUUGAAUUCCAAUCUUUCGGAUGAGAACUUGGCCCUGCUUCGGGACGUGACCUACUUGACCCAAGAGAACUUUGAUCUAUUGAAUGCCCAAACAAAACUUUCCGAUCAGAUCUCGACUUUGAACUCCACUCUUGAUACCUACAAGAAUCUCUUGGACAACCAAGGUGAUUUGAACGGAGAGUUGAAUCAAACUACAACUCAAUUGGAAGCAGAGAUUGAUCGAUUGGUAGCUUCAAAUGAAGAGUACAAGAGACUCAACCGAGACUUGAAUAAUACCAUUGGUGAUUUGACAAACUCAAAUACUGAAUUGGCGAACCAAAACAAGAUCUUGGAGGGACUGAAUAUGGAUUUGAACAAUACCAUCGAUCGAUUGGACGGUGAAGUUGGUGAUUUAGCUUCCGAAAUCGAUCGCCUGGAGACUCAGAAUGGACAGCUCGCUACCGAAGUUGGAAGAUUGGAAAAUGCCACCAGCGACUUGGAGCAAGUUCGCAAGAACCUCGAAGACAAUGUCACUGCACUCGUAGAAGAAGUCGACCAGUUCUCCAGUAAGGUCGAUGAACUGCAAAAGUACAACGAUGAUCUUGAGAACAUUGUGUCCUUUGUCAACGAAACCAGCGGCUUCUUGGACGAGAGCAUGAAUUCCGUCACCGAGUACCUCUCCGAACAGAUUGUAGCCUACCGAUCGGUUGCCACCGAGACGUUGCAAAACACUUUCAUUCAACGCGCAGCGCUCUGGGACUGUUCCUACAGGGAUCACUUUGGAGAUGAAGCCUUUUCGAAAAAUGACAAGGUCCCAAUUCCAGAUUCAAAAUUCGAUGAUGUCAUGAACUACGUUGAUGAUCGAGUCCUCCAAGAACUGUGUCUCAAACUUGAUGACUUUGAGAAAUUCCUCGAACUUGAAUUCGAUGAUCCCGUUUUUACCACCAACCAUAUUGUUUCUGGAAUUGCAAGUUACACAUACCUUGCCUUUUCUCACUACUUCCCCGACAGUGAUGAAGAGACAGGCAUUACCGAAGCCGACUGGGCACUUGCUGGAUACAACUGCGAGCGUCUUCCAGACAACAAGCAGUUUGUUCAUAUUCCGUCCGCCUAA